CCACAGAUUCCUAUUAAACAGCUAGAGGUUUACUGCAGGAGGCAUCAAACAGUCUGUGAAUUAUUAUUUUUUUCCGAAGGGUUAAAUAAUGAAGACUGGGUACCUGCAAAGAAGAUCCAAUCCGAUGGAAUUCAUACACUGACGCUGGCUGCUGACUGGCUGGUUUGUCUCCUCGCACACAGCCACACAGAGACACUCAGCUGUGUACAGCUAGACCCAGAAAAACACUGAGGUAGCCACAAGGCAGGAAAAUGAGCAACUCAGGGUUUCAAACCAAGGAUGAACAAGAACCUUUAAGAUACAUCAGUAAACAGGAAGCAGAAGACUUGGAAACAGAAUUAUUGGAAGAUUACCGUUUUGGGAAACAGCAGCUUAUCGAAAUAAUGGGGCACAGCUGUGCAAUAGCCAUAACAAAGGUGUACCCACUGAAAACUCUUUCUAAGAAGCAACCAACUGUUUUGAUUAUCUGUGGUCCAGAGGAGAAUGGUGCUAUUGGCCUUGUCUGCGCUCGAAACCUUCGUACUUAUAUAUAUAUACUGUUAUAUGCAAUAUAAAUUGUAUACUACCCUAAGAGAUCACUAGAUAAUCUGUACAAAGACUUAACGAUUCAGUGUGAGAAGAUGGAUAUCCCCUUUCUAUCUUACCUUCCUACAGAAGUGCAGUUAAUUAAUGAUGCCUAUCAUCUAGUAGUGGACGCAGUGCUGGGGGUUGAAGCAAAUAGUGAAGAAGGUAAAGAGCCAUGGGCCACUAUUUUGGCAAUAAUGAAACAGAUAAAGAUACCUAUUAUCAGUCUGGAUAUUCCAUCAGACUGGGAUGUGGAAGCUGGAAAUACUGAAGGCAUUAACCCUGAGGUGCUCAUUUCCCUGUCUGCGCCCAAGAGAUGCGCCGUUCAAUUUUCUGGAAAACACCAUUUUGUUGCGGGGAGGUUCCUUCCCUAUGAUAUACACAAGAAAUUUGAAUUGAACCUACCAAAGUAUUCUGGGACAGAUUGUGUGGUGGAGAUUUAGAAUGGAAAAGUCUGUUUUUGAAACUGAAAUCUGUCAAUAAAUGUAUACAUUUUCUGUAUUGUACUGAGUUUGGUGUUUUUAGU